CACAUAUCCGCUCGUUCAAAACACACCCCCGAACUCGAACUCGUCUAAAACAUUCCCGGAACUAGUACACCUAAACCAGGUCACAGUCCCAAAAAAACAUGUUACGGACGCGUGGGACCCGUGUAUUUGGUAGCCCACCUGUCAUCGAAUGGGUCAGCGUCUUGAGUAAAGAACCCUCAAAGUGGUACCGACUACGACUACCCAUGUCCCUUCAUUUUCGGCGGCCCCCACGCGUCCCGCAACCCACGAACCGACAAUGUGGACCCACACAAAUCAUGAGACCCACAGGGCAGCGAUACCGCCCACGACUUAUCCGAAGAAAUCUCCCUUCCUCUACUGAACCAGAACCCUACUGCCGCGGCGCGGACUGCCCGGCUCCUGGCCAUCCCCCAGACUCUUCAUCAUCUCCCCCAAAUCCCCGCGCCGAUCGAUCUCCAAGAUUUGCCCUGGCCCCGAGCGAUCCCAUCUCCCCAAUCAGAAUUCUAUUCGCCUGAAUCGGAGCAGGACUGGUCAAAGUUCCGUCGUCAUGGGCGGCUGGAACCGCAUCUCCAGUGCCGGUGGUCUACUGAAGCCGCUCGCCGGCGUCCCUUUCGCCUCCAUGCCCGGCGCCGGCGCCGCCUACUUCCUCGUCGGCUCCGCGCUCGGGGUCUUCGCGAUGCUGCACGCUUCCGAGUCUGAGGUCGGCCGCGAGUGGGCCUCCGCCGCGCACUGGGCCGCCCUCUCCCGCUCCGUGGGCGCGCACCACGUGCUCGUCGUAAUGUCCCUGUUCUACCUGGCCGCCAUGGUCUGGCGCCUCGGCAAGCGCUGCGACGCGGUGGAGGGGCUCGUGGGGAGCGCGGGCGCCACCGUGCAAGCGGUGCGCGUCAGAGGCGUCGUCUGCACCAUGUGUGGGAGUGGGACGAAGGCGCGGGCUCUGAAGAACGGCAGCUCGGGCCACACCGUGGAGCGCGCCCGGUCUGGCAGCUGCUCUGACAAGCCUGUUUCGAGGUCGCUGGCUUCUGAGCUGGAGCAGGAGGCCAACACGGAGGACGAGGACAUCGCGAGCGAGGUGAACGGCGCGGAGGAGGGCAGCGUGGAGCGGCUCAGGCGGCGGCUCGUGCGGGAGAGGAGGCUGAAGGAGGCGGCGCUAGAGGAGCUGGAGAAGGAGAGGCGCGCGGCGGCCUCUGCGGCUGACGAGGCCAUGGCCAAGAUCGCGUGCCUGCGAAACGAGAAGGCACUGGUGGAGCGCGAGGCCAAGCAGUUCCGGGAGAUGGUGCAGCAGAAGCAGAUGUACGACAGGCAGGUGAUUGAUUCUCUUCAGUGGAUGAUCAAUAAGUUUGGCAUGCAAUCCGGGGAGCCAGAGUUCUCAUCCGAGCGAGCCGUGUCAGACACAAGCGAGGACGACCGAGACAAGCGGUUGUAGAUCCUUCUUCCUGGUAGCUCAAUGGAGCAGAAACGUUGGCCUGAAGCUGGGGAAGUUCUUGACAGUUCAGGUUCUUCAUUUUGUAUGGCAUUCAGCAGCCAUAUAGGGCCUCCCAAUGCCCAAAUUUUGAUAGCUGGUGCUGCUGUGAGAUUACUCAAGCAGGCAAAACUCUGCAGAGAUAUAUGUAAUAUCCACCUGUAAAUAUACCAUCCUUUGCAAGCUCCUAAGAUGUGAUUAAUAAUCGUACUAGAUGCUUCAACUGCACAAAUGCUCAAUGCUAUCUGCGGGACCCUUUUAAGUCUUAUUAUUGUGAACUCAA